AUGUAUGCUCCGGAUAAUCUUCGAAGAAAGGAAAUUAGAGAUGCUAUGUACCGCAGUAAUUCGAGCCUUGACUUGAUAUACGCAGAACAUCCCACUGGUAAUGGUUUGCGUCGUGAAUAUGGCAGCCACGGAUCAAUCGACGUGAUAAGCGCAGCCAGUGAUCGGCUUCCAGCCAUGGUUCACAAUUAUAGUUUAAACGUCCCGGAGAAGCCGUCGAGUCUGAGUCGUGUGACGGACCGCUUUGCUGAAGUUAUAGCAAGCGAUCACGCUGACGGUCCCACUCCUAGAGCUAGUGUUAGUCCCAAAGCACGUCUCAAGUUAAACAAGCUCUGGGGCGGCGCAGCGCCCGUGAGCACGAGAUCAGAAGACGGCAUAAUAUCCUCAGUUGCAGAUAUUAAUAAGAGGAAGCAAUUUGCACACUAUGAUUGCCAAUCUCUCAUGGCAAACUUGAGCUAUGCUGCUGAAAUCCGUGGGGCGUUGUUGAGCAGACGUAGGAACACAACAACAGGGGCCUCUGCUGCAUCAUUGCUUGCAACUCGAGGCCUGCCACCCGGAGAAGAUGCUGUUCCUGAUACAGGCGAUGGUCGAUCAAAUGAAUUGAUUGACAGCUGCCCUUUCUUUAGAAAUGAACUUGGAGGCGAGGAAGAAAGGUGCAUAUCCCUGUGUUCCCGGACAGCUCGAGGUGCUAUAACAGGUCAAUUUGGUGGGUGGCAUCGACCUAAGGCGUCUUACGGAUUUUCCGUGUUGGAGUUUCCGCCCGGUCAGUCACAUUGGAGGAACGGAUGCCCAUUCGUUAGAACAAGCUCGCCUCUUCCUAUCGAGAGCCAGGAUCAGGGGGCUUUGUACUACAGGAAUUAUUUUUAUAGACACCCACAUCAGAAUUGGUUCGGUAUGGACGAGAAUCUUGGUCCGGUAGCAAUAUCUAUAAAGAAAGAACGUGUAGAACUUCGUCGUGGUAAUGGAGAUGCUUCAGCCCCGGCCUCUCAACUGGCCUGGCAGUACCGGCUCAUUGUACGAACCUCAGAACUACUAACAUUACGUGGCUCCAUACUAGAGGACGCCUUACCCACUGUCAAACCUAGCAACAAUACAGCUACAUACAACACUAAAGAAGUAUUGGAUUACAUUGCACCGGAAUUACAGCUUAGUUGUUUGAGACUUGGAAUAACGAAUGGCGGUGCAGAGGAACAGUUGUUGAGAUUGGACGAGCAACGCGUAACAAGACACUACAAAGUCGGUGUUAUGUACUGCAAGAGUGGCCAGUCCACUGAGGAAGAGAUGUAUAACAAUCAAGAAGCGGGUCCGGCUUUCGUAGAAUUCCUGCAGAUGUUGGGACAGACGGUCAGGUUAAAGGACUUCGAUAAAUAUAAAGCCGGUCUAGACAACAAAACGGAUUCAACUGGCCUGUACUCGGUGUACACCACAUACCAGGGCUGUGAGAUCAUGUUCCAUGUGUCAACAAUGCUUCCGUACACUCCAAACAACAGACAACAGUUGUUACGGAAGCGACACAUCGGCAACGACAUCGUGACCAUUGUCUUCCAAGAACCCGGAGCGGCGCCCUUCACACCACGGAAUAUAAGAUCUCAGUUUCAGCAUGUUUUUGUGGUUGUGAGGGUCAUUGACCCCUGUACAGAGAACACACAUUAUAGUAUAGCCGUAAGUCGUGCCAAAGAAGUGCCUUUAUUUGGUCCACCGAUUAAAGAUGGAGCCGUGUAUCCGAAGGGUGAAGCCUUCACGGAUUUACUUUUAAGUAAAGUUAUAAAUGGAGAGAACGCUGCGAUACAAUCACCGAAGUUUAGUACAAUGGCGACCCGGACCAGACAAGAGUACCUGAAAGAUCUGUCUAAGAAUUACAUAACAACAACUACAGUUGAGAGCGGACAGAAAUUCUCAAUAUUUUCAUCUCUCCUGAUGAAGGGCGGCAGUAACUCUAACAACAAUACCAUAAUACCGCGUGUCGAUGAUUGCGCUAACGAUGUGUUAGUGAGAGGAGCCCUGUGUUACCAUGUACAAGUCCAGGAUGAGGGAGCUGGUGGCUCAAUAUUAGACUGUAUUAUGGGUGUUUCAGCUGAUACUAUUGUUUUAGUUGAAGAAAGUUCAAGACAGAUAGUCCUUGUAAUGCCGACUAAUACAUUGCUGGGGUGGGUGGUGAGCGGUCCGUGGGUCCGUAUCUACUAUCACCGCGGCGAGAGUGUCCGUGUGUCAUGCAGCGAGUCUCUCCUACGUCGUGUGGCCAGCGUGGCUCCUCAACACGCACACGCGCUGUCAGAACUCACGCUGGAGAGGGGCAGCGCGCCGCAACUAGGUUUCCAUGUCCAAGCGGACGGUGUGGUAACAGCCGUGGAGGGCGGAGGCCCGGCCUCCCGUGCAGGCGUACGUCGCGGAGCCCGACUGCUUGAAGUGUGCCGCGCGGCUGUCGUAGCGCUGCCCCACGAACAUCUCGUGGACCUGCUGAAAACAUCGGACCCAGUCACUAUUCGUCUAACAUUCGCUGCGGGCGCGCGUUGUGAAUGCCAAAGUUCGUGCGGCGAGGCUUGGGGCCAACAGCCGUCACGAAGACGACUGUCACCACCGAGAUCUGAUACCUCAGGAUAUGGAACCGGUGGUUCAGGUCGUAGUACUACGUCGGGCCCUGACGUACGUCGUCGGUCUCACGAAGACGCUUCACCAAGACAUUCUCGCCGGCCGCGUUCCACUGCACAUUCCUCGCUAACGGAGGAAUUGAUGUGUAUAAUGGAUGCCGAGCUCGGUGAGAACAAUCGCAGUGGCAGUGGUGGUGUCGCAAACACAAACAACACCAACAGUAUGUCUUCCACAAACAACAGUAUGUCUACAAACAACAGUAUGUCUACCACCAAUUCAGCACCCCUGCCACUCCCAGACGCCGCCGCGUUGGACUGGGCCGCCUUAGUUCAUACUGCUACCAGAGCUAUGUUGCAGAUUUGUGAGGAACAUCAAUAUCCAUCGAUGGAUAACGCGGACGUACCGUCAGAAACAAGCGAAGUGGCUCUAGACACGUGGCCUGAAAUACCCAGCAGCGAGCCAUCGGACAGCGUGACUAGUACGAGUGUCGUCGGUGUUAGCGGGAGCGGAUGUGUUUGUGGUCUGGCGGCGAGGGUCGUGGCCUUGGAGGCGGACGCAGCCUCCGCGCAGAGACACAGGCAUCACCUCGAGGAGGAGGUUCGUCGUCUGCGGGUCCACAACUCCCGUCUGCGGGAGGAAUCAGCCCGCGCCGUGUGGCAGCUGAGACACUUUACACAGUGGCUCAAGAGAACCGUCGACAAAUACUAA